UCUCGAUCUCCGUCUUCCAUCCUUUAUCCAUCAUCGAUCACCGCAUUGAACUGUCCCUUCCUUGAUGUCGUCAUGGGAUCCAAGUCACCUGAACAUAACGGCCACCCUGGCAACGAUGCCUCGUCCUGCUCGAUCAGCAACAAUAACACGGGCGGCGAACCCCGCGGCGCCCAUUUGUCCCGCGAUGGGGAUGUCAGUCUGGGGGAUGAAAAUGGAGAUGACGACGACGAUGAGGGUGCCGCCACCACCGGCGUAGAGAACCACGCGGGCGAUGGUACCGACAAAGCAACGGCGCAGUCCACCGCGGAAAGCGUCUCCAAGAAAAAGAAACGCAAGAAGUCCAAGAAGAAGACUUCCUUCAAACAGUCCUCACCGCCACGGGUUCCCGUGAGUAAAUUGUUCCCGGGCGGUCAGUAUCCGACCGGCGAGGUUCAGAAAUACGGACCCGCAGACGAGAAUACCGCUCGCACGACGGCCGCCGAGACCCGAUAUCUGUCUCGUCACCACCUUCACGACGAGACGUUCUUUAACGACUAUCGAAAAGCGGCUGAAAUCCACCGUCAGGUCCGACGCUGGACCCAAGAAACCGCUCGUCCGGGGCAGAGCCUCACGGAUAUUGCGGUCGGUAUAGACGAUGGAGUCCGAGCGCUGCUCGACAAUGCUGGCCUCGAGCCGGGAAGUUGUCUCAAAUCGGGACUGGGGUUCCCAACCGGACUUUCGCUGAACAACUGCGUUGCACACUGGACCCCGAAUCCUGGCCAGAAGGAUGUUAUCCUGGACAGGAGCGACGUGAUGAAAGUCGAUUUUGGCGUCCACAUCAAUGGCUGGAUUGUGGAUAGUGCAUUCACCAUGUCAUUUGAUCCAACUUAUGACAAUCUCCUCGCCGCUGUGAAGGAUUCCACCAACACCGGUAUUAAGAAUUCCGGGGUUGACGUCCGUAUCAGCGAUGUCAGCGCUGCCAUCCAGGAAGUGAUGGAAAGCUACGAGGUGGAGAUCGGUGGUAAAACAUUCCCAGUGAAGCCGGUGCGAAACAUCACCGGACACAACAUCAAGGCAUACCAGAUCCAUGCUGGGAAAUCCGUCCCUUUUAUCAAAACCAAGGAUCAGACCAAGAUGGAAGAAGGGGAAGUUUUUGCCAUCGAAACUUUUGGAACAACGGGUCGAGGCGUGUUGUAUGACGGUCCUGGUGUCUAUGGCUAUGGAAAGAGCUAUUCUGCACCCAGCAAGAUUACCUCGUCUCUCGCCUCGGCCAGAUCCCUUUACAAGACUAUCAAUGACAAUUUCGGCACCAUUGUGUUUUGCCGUCGCUACCUGGAGCGACUUGGCGUUCAGCGCUAUCUGGCAGGCAUGAAUGAUCUUGUCAACAAGGGCGUGGUGGACGUCUAUGAGCCCUUGAUUGAUACUCCGGGAUCAUACUCAGCACAGUUUGAACAUACUAUCUUGCUGGGGGAGACAAGCAAGGAGGUAAUCAGUCGGGGAGAUGACUACUAGCUGUCUACGAGACGUUUAUUUUAGUUCCAUCUAUUUCGUUCUGAUUUCGUUCUGCUGUUUUGCUUUUGCCGCUAUUUAUGGUGGUUGACACAUGCAAACUAUUUUGAUUGCUUUGCAACCACCCACUAUAGUCUAUUUGCCCACGCAAGUGGCCGAUAUCCUCGAUAUAGCCUAUCAUUUAGUUUCAUGUCGAGCAUUGUUCCUACCAUAAGGCGCUUUGGCCAAUACAUUGGUCCGCCGAAAGGUAAGGAACUCUCAAUCUACAUAAGAGAAGGUCCUUUUCUAGAACCUUUAUUUCUUGCACCGGUUUCUCGCGUUUCCACAAAUUGUAGGUUGUAUCACCAAGGGUCUUGCCGUCUGCCGACGUGACACUGCUUAUCCCUCUUCCCGGUGCACGGUAAGACAGCAUGCGUACAUUGUCCGUAGUGUUACAAUGCAGUAAUCUUAGGAUAGUGACAACUAAAACCCGAUCUCUCCAUCGGCAAUGUUCUUGAAUAACGAAUGAUGAGGAAAUCGCUAGAGAGCUACCAUAUGGGACUAUUUACGUUUAUCAUGAUGCAAAUGGUAGCGAUUUCUCAGCCUUUCAAAACUUCAUUAAUGUUAAAAUGAUAUAACGGGGUCAUUUUGACCUCUCUUCCCAAUACCCAUUUGUUUGCU